UUUUUUUAUUUAUUUAUUGCAAUUCAUUCAAACCCACGAAGCCAGGCAUUUGAUCAGGAUUUGUUCUGAUUUUUUAUAAAAGAAGAAGAAGAAGAAUUAGCCCUCAGGAUUGUUGAGGGCUCAAAUCAUCAGCAUUAUUAUUAUUAUAUAUACAAUAAUAAUAAUAAUAAUCUUAAAAGAUUUUGAUUUGAGCCCUUAAAUAUCAUGCCUGAUGGUUAUUCAUCUUCUAAAAAGAAGGAUGACUUUUGGGACAACCUUUGUGUUCAGGAGGUAAGCAGAAUGGCACGAUUUCGUUGCAUGAUGCAAACCCUUGAUCUACGUUCGUUUGUUGUGUUAUUUAUAGUCAUCCCAAUUGGUGUCGUGGGUAUUUACUUCCAUGGACAAAAGGUCACUUACUUUUUGCGACCGUUAUGGCAAUCUCCACCUAAGCCUUUCAUUCCCAUUCCUCAUUACUAUCAUGAAAACGUUUCAAUGGCUUCACUCUGCAAACUCCAUGGUUGGGAGGUGCGUGAUUAUCCAAGAAAAGUAUAUGAUGCGGUUCUUUUCAACAAUGAGAUUGACAUGCUUACAAUUAGAUGGAAAGAGCUUGACCCUUACAUCACUCAAUUUGUGCUUCUUGAAACCAACUCUACUUUCACAAGCAUACCCAAACCCCAUUACUUUAAAAUUAAUCGACAAAAAUUUGAUUUUGUUGAAUCCCGUUUGACUUAUGGCACUAUUGGUGGAAGAUUCAGAAAGGGUGAAAACCCAUUUAUUGAAGAGGCUUAUGAACGAGUGGCACUUGAUCAUCUUCUUAGAAUAGCCGGUAUUGAAGAUGGUGAUUUGUUGAUAAUGUCUGAUGUUGAUGAGAUUCCCAGUGCUCAUACAAUCGAUCUUUUGAGAUGGUGUGACGGGCCACCGCCAAUCGUUCAUCUUAAUCUGAACAAUUAUUUGUACUCGUUUGAGUUCAAUGUCGAUCAUGGCAGUUGGAGAGCUUCUGUUCAUCAAUAUCAAAAGGGUAAAACAAGAUAUGCACAUUACAGGCAGACAGAUUAUAUAUUGGCGGAUUCAGGGUGGCAUUGCAGCUUUUGUUUUAGAAAGAUUAGUGAUUUUGUAUUCAAGAUGAAAGCAUAUAGCCAUACGGAUAGAGUAAGGUUCUCACAUUUUCUUGACCCGAAAAGGAUUCAGAAUGUGAUUUGCAAUGGUGAUAACUUGUAUGAUAUGCUUCCCGAGGAGUAUACUUUUAAGGAUAUGAUUGCAAAGAUGGGUUCAAUUCCUCAUUCUUAUUCAGCAGUGCAUCUUCCUUCAUAUUUAUUGAACAAUGUGGAUAUGUACAAGUAUCUUUUGCCUGGUAAUUGUAUUCGGGAAGCUGGUUGAACAAUAGUUUAACUUUUCAUGAUACAAUUAGAUUAAGUACUUUUUUACAAAACGGAUUUUAGGCUGUGUAUCUUGAUCAGGGGUGAUUUAGUUGUACAUUCUUUUCCCCCCGAUAUGGCAUUAUAUAUUAUACAUUUGCGGAUUGAGUUCUCAUUUCA